CUUUCUCCAACAAAAUUAUCCACAUGGCUUCCUCCAACGCCAUUCUCAACCCCCAAUCUCAAUCCCAAUCCCAAUCCCGCCGGGAUGAUUCCGACGCCGCCGAUCCCCUUCUCUCCAAUGAAGACGCGAUCGCCCCCGUCGGCUCGCCGCCGCUUCUCAAGGAGGAAUUGUCGGAGCCAAAUCCCGACGCCAGACGGGCGUUGGCGGUCGCCGCGCCACCCUCGAAGAGGUCCACCAAGGAUCGCCACACCAAGGUGGAGGGCCGCGGCCGGAGGAUUAGGAUGCCGGCGGCCUGCGCCGCUCGUAUUUUUCAAUUGACGCGCGAAUUAGGGCACAAAUCCGACGGCGAGACGAUCCGCUGGCUACUCGAGCGGGCCGAACCUGCUAUAAUCGAGGCCACCGGCUCCGGAACCGUCCCCGCCAUCGCCGUCUCCGUUAACGGAACGCUGAAAAUCCCGACGGCGUCGUCGGAGGAGGGGCCGCGGAAGCGGCGGCGGCGGGCAUCCAGCAGCGACUUCUGCGACGUGAAAGAAUCUUCCACUUUUGCCCCUGUCGCGCCGAUCGCACCCCAAGGGGUGGUUCCGGUAUUUCCCAGCGGUACCCUCCUCAUGAUCCCCCCAACCGGCGCAGCCGCCGGCGGUGGGGCGUCAAGCCAGCCGCAGUUCUGGGCUAUUCCGGCCGCCGCGGCACCGGUGUACAAUAUCUCCGGCCAGCCGAUAUCCAAUUUCAUCAAUUUCAGCAACGCAAGCGUGGCCCCAACCGCCGUCGUUUCCGGCGGCGGGAAAGUCGAAAAGCACGGCACAGCCACAAUGGCUGCACCCAGCUCCAGUACAAUCCCUGGAGCGGCAGGUACAACUCGGAUGGUGAGCGAGUUUUCGCUGGAGAUUUAUAAGAAGACGGAGCACCAGUUUAUGGUGGGCUCUCCCGCAGGGGAUCACGACCAAAACCCGUCGCCCAAUCCCAAUCCCGGCGAGCAGAGCGCUGAAAUUAGAUUAGGGUUUUAGGUUAGGAUUAGUGAUUUUGGGGAAAAUCUUCCAAUUCCUCACAAAUUUUCAAUUUUUCUGCCUGUGUUUUUUAAUCUGACUGCGUUUUGGUUAUCGUGUUCAUUGACUCGACCAUGGAUUUGUAAAUAAAAAAAUUUGAUUUUGUGACGGAA